CUUUCAGUUGAUUUUAGGUGUUCGAAGUAUCAUCAAAUCAAACACCUUAGAAAGUUUCAAAAAGCAAUUUGUAUACCAUAUAAAACUACGCGGUCUUUUAUUUUGUAUUUUUGAUUAGUAAUAAAAUUAUUAAAUACAAAAAUGGAACGCUGGGGUGGAAAAAUUGCUGUAGUAACAGGUGCUUCAGCUGGCAUAGGAUUAGCUAUAGCAAAAUCUUUGGUUGGAGAAGGAAUGAUUGUCGUUGGACUAGCCAGAAGAAAAGCUAAAAUGGAGAGUGAAAUGAAAGCCUUAAAAGAAAAAGGAACUUUUCAUGCAUUCGAAUGUGAUGUUUCUAAACAAGAUGAUGUGAUUAAAGCAUUUGAUUGGAUAAAGAAGAACUUAGGAAUGGUCAAUGUGUUGGUUAAUAAUGCUGGCGUUACUGCUUUCGGGAAAAUUAUUGAUUCAGACAAAGAAACCUGGGAAAAAUUGUUUGGUUUAAACGUUAUGGGCUUAUUGUACUGCAGUCAGCAAGCUGUGAAAAUGCUGAAGGAAUCUGGCGAAGAAGGUCACUUGAUAAACAUAAACAGCGUUGUAGGACACAAAGUGCUUAAUAAUCCGGGAAUAUACCUAAACGUGUAUAGUGCAACAAAGUAUGCAGUUACUUCAAUAACAGAAACCUUAGAAAUGGAAUUAAUUGGAACUAAGAUAAGAACAACGAGCAUCAGUCCAGGAUACGUGCACACGGAUAUUAUAAAAGCAGCAAUAAAUAGUCCUAGUAUAGAAGAAGAAAUAUCAAAAAUGAUUGGAUUAGAAGCAGAGGACAUUGCAAAUUCUACCGUUUAUGUAUUGGGUACACCUCUGCGUGUUCAAGUGACGGAACUAACAAUUAAAGCACUUGGGAGCCGUGGAUAAAUUACCGCAAAAUGGGGCUAAAAAGCAUUCCCUUUUUCUCGUUCUUUUUUUCUUAUAAUAAAAUUCGAGAAGGAAUUCAAAUCAGAGAUUAAAAGCUCAUAGUAGUUAAAUAAUUUAAUCAUAAUCAAAAUAGGGGAUUUUUUUCAAAGUGCAUUUUUCGUUUGGUUUAUGAUCAAAUACGAUGAGGCGCCUUCCCCACAAAAACAAAAAUUGUUACAAAAAUCAUUCUUCAUAACGAAGAAUAUAUUGUAUUCGUAUGAAAAUUUGCCUA